UUGAAAGUGCUGCAGGGACCACGGCAUUCGCUUCCUGAACGUUGGACCGUGUGCACGUGAUUUUUUUUAAAGAGGGUGCUUUUGAGUCAAAAUCAGUGUGAAAACAUGACCAUGGAUAUUGCCAAUCAAGUGAAGAGUACAGUGAUCGGUGAGGAGCAUCUCACGGUGCCACAGACCAAGGCGCCUGAGUAUCCACAUGUUGGAAAAGUUGCCACAAGUAAGCGUUCAUUCGAUGUGGCAUUCCUUAUGCUCCCGGAUGAGAAGUUGAAGCAGAAGCAAUUGGACAAGCAGGCAAAGUUAAAUGGGGUGGAGUAUCCACAGCAUCAGAUUUCGGUUAAGAAUGAUCUUCUGCUGCGGCAUCAAACACCACCGGAGGUUUUUGAUCAUCGCAGCCGUGCUGGCUCCGAAGAGAUUGAUAUUGUGUCCAAUGGUGUAGUGAAUAACAACAAUCACAGCCCACCAGAUCAUCUCAGACACUUCCGGUAUCAAUCUCUGCCCGUUGUUAGACUUCCACGCAUUUACGAUGAUCCAACAAUUUUGCCUUCACCCGAGAGGCCAACUCCACCAGACUUGGAUGCCCACAGGAGCGCCUUCACAAAAGUACCCCAUCUCCGUGGGGAUUCUCCCAAUCCUUCACUGUCUCCUGAUCAACUUAGCUGCCCCUCAGUCAGCCCACCCGUUUCCGUAAGUCCACCCCGUCCAUACCCACCGACGGCAUUUCGUCCGUCGGACUAUGCAUUCAUCAAUGGCACAACUGGCAUCCAGCCUCAACCGCAGAAUCCCCCGAGUCCCACGAAGAAUCUCAAACAACAAUUUAUUUAUCGCCCCGCCCAAGAGUUGCCACAAAAUUACCUUCCUUCCGCCGCCUCGUUUCCCUUCAAUGCCACCCCGCAUCACUUUAUGCAGCAACAAUCUGAGAUUGCUGGUAUUGUACGAAAUCCAGCUGCUGCUGCCAUCCUCUCAACCCUCAUCCCACCCACCUUGGCGUCCACAUUCACGCUCACAUCGCAAAAUAUGUGUGCCAAGUGCAACAUUAGCUUCCGGAUGACCAGCGACUUGGUGUACCAUAUGAGGUCACAUCACAAGAACGACAUGGGUGGGGAUCCAAUGCGACGGAAGCGCGAAGAGAAGCUCAAGUGUCCAGUAUGCAAUGAAAGCUUUAGGGAGAGGCAUCAUCUAACGCGACACAUGACGGCACAUCAGGACAAGGAGAGUGACGACGCUGAGGCCGCGCCAAGUGCAACAAGAGCAAGCCCGGGAUCUUCCUUCGAACUUACCCAGCUCCAUCAGGCUACACAUCAAGCAAGAAGGCACCACAAGACACACUGAAAGUGGUGGCUCUAAAUUCAACUGAUGUGUCGGUGGUUGGUAAGCAGUUGAAUUUAGGUGAUAAGGAAAAGUGGUGAUGAAACAACAUUUUCUUUUGUAUUAUUUAAGAGAAAAAUUAUUUAAAAGAAAAACUAAAAGAACAACGAGUUAAAAAGGAUCAAAUCAGUGAGAUUUUUAGGUAAAAUAAUAUUACAAAAAUGCUCAAGAAUAAUUGAAAUCAUUUUAGAACUUCUUGAUUGAUUUUUAAUAUUUUUUAUUGCUGAAACUUUUGAAGGAGUUAAGAGAUGAUUUUUAUAUAGAAAUCUUUUUGAAAUAUUUGGAAAGUUUUGGGAUUUUUUUUUGGUAAGAAAAUGCUUUUAUAUCAAUUCAAUUCUUUAAUUUGACUAUUUCAUCACCACACUGAUAGAA